ACGUGUCAUUGGCUCCCCACAAAGGGGGUCCCCCGUCCUUACUGCCGGAUCAGUUAAACUUACCAAAACAGUCGAAACAAUCCUUCUGGAUCUUCAGCAUCUAAUGAAGACAUGGACAAUAAUCGGGAGACUUCUAAUGCCCAAGUGCAUGUUUUACCUCGGAUUAAAAAUUUGAGAAUGGAUCAGGAGUCAGUGGCAUCAAACUCUGUUCAUGGAACUGUACAAUCAAAUCAAACCACUUCACAUCCAUUUGCAACAAAGAAACAUGCUUCUCAAGAAUGUCAUGCUUUUGUUGCUGAAAAUAGUGCUUGUGAAGAAAAAUAUCCUAAUAUUGAAACACAAUCAGCAAAUAUUCAAAAGACUGCUCAGGGUUACUCAAAGGUCGCAUCUUGGAAGCAUCUGCAUCUUGAUAACAUAAUGCACCCAGAUGAAGAGGACUCUUGCUCCAUUGCUUCUUCCAUGGCACCAUCUAUAAAAAGUAUGAAAAAUAGGGCAGUUGCUCCAACAUUCAGGAGCAGUGAGCGUGCAGAGAGGCGUAAGGAGUUUUACUCAAAAUUAGAAGAAAAGCAUCAGGCCCUGGAAGCAGAGAAGCUCCAAAGUGAAGCCAAAACAAGGGAAGAACAAGAGGCUGCUCUUAAGCAACUAAGGAAAAAUUUGACUUUCCGAGCAACACCAAUGCCCAGCUUCUAUCACGAGGGACCUCCACCUAAGGUCGAACUUAAAAAGGUCCCCCCUACCCGUGCUCGAUCACCAAAACUGGGUCGAAGGAAGAGCUGUGGUGACAUGAACACAGCCGCUGAAGGAGAAAAUGGUGGCUGGGGGCGUGGUCGACUUCAGCGUCACAGUUUAGCCACUUGCAAGGAUGCUACAAACAAGUUGAACACUACCCCCAGGAACCAGAACCCAGUGAAUAAACUCAAAGAAGGGAUCAAAUCCACUAGAGAGAACUUUAAGCAGCAGCCUACCAACAAAGAGGUCUCUCAGGCUACAUCUGAUGUAGCGUCACCAGUCAGCCCCAGUGUUUAGCAUCUCGUAAGUUGUUCUAAUCUUAAUUUACUUGAACUUGCAAAACUCUCCCUAUAAUUUAUAAUUUAUCUCCAUUUCAAACUAUCCAAUUAAGAUGGGUAGUGUCAGUGGACUUCACGGGUAUAAUGUAAAUUUUGUAGGUACCUAUAUAUGUUAGAUCAUGGCACUGGGUUUGCUGCAAUUUUAGUUUUUAUUAUGAUCCUUUUAGCAUCA